GUGUAUGUGUAGUGUCUAUAUGGUAUAGGCAGGGUGUAUGUGUGGUGUCUAUAUGAUACAGGCAGGGUGUAUGUGUAGUGUCUAUAUGGUAUAGGCAGGGUGUAUGUGUAGUGUCUAUAUGGUAUAGGCAGGGUAUAUGUGUGGUGUCUAUAUGAUACAGGCAGGGUGUAUGUGUAGUGUCUAUAUGGUAUAGGCAGGGUAUAUGUGUGGUGUCUAUAUGAUACAGGCAGGGUGUAUGUGUAGUGUCUAUAUGGUAUAGGCAGGGUGUAUGUGUAGUGUCUAUAUGGUAUAGGCAGGGUAUAUGUGUGGUGUCUAUAUGAUACAGGCAGGGUGUAUGUGUAGUGUCUAUAUGAUGCAGGCAGGGUGUAUGUGUAGUGUCUAUAUGGUAUAGGCAGGGUGUAUGUGUAGUGUCUAUAUGGUAUAGGCAGGGUGUAUGUGUAGUGUCUAUAUGGUAUAGGCAGGGUAUAUGUGUGGUGUCUAUAUGAUACAGGCAGGGUGUAUGUGUGGUGUCUAUAUGGUAUAGGCAGGGUAUAUGUGUGUGGUCUAUAUGAUACAGGCAGGGUGUAUGUGUAGUGUCUAUAUGGUAUAGGCAGGGUAUAUGUGUAGUGUCUAUAUGAUACAGGCAGGGUGUAUGUGUAGUGUCUAUAUGGUAUAGGCAGGGUAUAUGUGUGUGGUCUAUAUGAUACAGGCAGGGUGUAUGUGUAGUGUCUAUAUGGUAUAGGCAGGGUAUAUGUGUGGUGUCUAUAUGAUACAGGCAGGGUGUAUGUGUAGUGUCUAUAUGGUAUAGGCAGGGUAUAUGUGUGGUCUAUAUGAUACAGGCAGGGUGUAUGUGUAGUGUCUAUAUGGUAUAGGCAGGGUAUAUGUGUGGUCUAUAUGAUACAGGCAGGGUGUAUGUGUAGUGUCUAUAUGGUAUAGGCAGGGUAUAUGUGUGGUCUAUAUGAUACAGGCAGGGUGUAUGUGUAGUGUCUAUAUGGUAUAGGCAGGGUAUAUGUGUGGUGUCUAUAUGAUACAGGCAGGGUGUAUGUGUAGUGUCUAUAUGGUAUAGGCAGGGUAUAUGUGUGGUCUAUAUGAUACAGGCAGGGUGUAUGUGUAGUGUCUAUAUGGUAUAGGCAGGGUAUAUGUGUGGUCUAUAUGAUACAGGCAGGGUGUAUGUGUAGUGUAGGGACGAAUGGUAAAAAAAUGAGGCUGCGCACGGGGCUCCUGCUACGGGCUCUGUCUCUGCUGGGGGUCGUGGCCGUGGUGAUGCUGCUGUGGAUGAGCUCCUUGGGUGGCUUCGGAGACGUGUCCCAGGCGGACUCGCGCCCCGCGCGGCGCUUCCACCCCGUCGCGCCGUGGCCCCAGGAGGAGGCGAACGACGCGGCGGCGAACGACGCGCGGACGGCGGCGGGUGACAGCCGAGCCACGGCCUCCGCCCGGCAAACUCGAGCUGCUGCCCGAGCGGGAUGCGGACAUCGCCGACGAUGACUGACGACGACGACGACUACAAAGCGGCCGUGGCCCCGGAGCGCCGCGUCACGUUCAAGCCCCAGACCAGGUCGUCGCCGCUGCCUGAGCUGCGGCCGGGCUCGCCGGGGAACCUGGAGCCGCGGGAGCGCGAGGCCCCCGGCGUGCCGGGGGGCCCCGGCGAGGCCUCGCGUGCCGUGGCCCCCCGCGAGGAGCAGCGCGCCGCCGUGCGCGACUCCGUGCGCGAGUUCGGCUUCAACAUGGUGGCCAGCGACGCCAUCUCGCUCGACCGCAGCAUCGCAGACCUGCGGCACGACGAGUGCAAGUACUGGCACUACGACGAGGCGCUGCCGCCGGCGAGCGUGGUCAUCGUGUUCCACAACGAGGGCUGGUCCACGCUGCUGCGCACCGUGCACAGCGUCGUGAAGCGCACGCCGGCGCGCUACCUCGCAGAGCUGGUGCUCAUCGACGACUUCAGCAGCAAGGAGCACCUGAAGGGGCGGCUGGACGACUACGUCGCUGAGCGCUGGAACGGCCUCGUCACCGUGGUCCGCAACGAGCGCCGCGAGGGACUCAUCCAGUCCCGCAGCAUCGGAGCCCGCAAGGCCACGCGCGGGCAGGUGUUGGUUUACCUGGACGCUCACUGCGAGGUCGGCAUCAACUGGUACCCGCCUCUCGCCGCCCCCAUCGCUCACGACAGGACGACUAGCACAGUCCCCCUCAUCGACUACAUCAAUGGGAUGGACUAUACCAUGGAGCCGCAACAGGGGGGUGACGAUGACGGCUUUGCGCGCGGCGCCUGGGACUGGAGCCUCCUUUGGAAGCGGAUUCCGCUGAGCGAGCGCGAGAGGGCACGGCGCAAGCACAAGACAGAGCCCUACCGGUCUCCGGCGAUGGCCGGGGGUCUCUUCGCCAUCGAUCGGGACUUCUUCUUUGAGCUGGGACUCUACGACCCCGGGCUGCAGAUCUGGGGCGGUGAAAACUUUGAGAUUUCCUACAAGAUCUGGCAGUGCGGAGGAACGCUCCUCUUCGUGCCCUGUUCGCGCGUGGGACACAUCUACCGCCUCGAGGGCUGGGCUGGAAACCCUCCACCACCCAGCGUGGGCCCAGCCCCUGCGCUACAGAACUACGUGCGGGUGGUGGAGGUGUGGUGGGACGACUACCGGGAUUACUUCUACGCGAGUCGCCCGGAGACUCAGGCGCUGCCCUACGGAGACGUCUCGGCGCUGCACAGAUUCCGGCGUGAGCACAACUGCAAGAGCUUCAGCUGGUUCAUGGAGAACAUCGCCUACGACGUGCUGCAGUUCUACCCACUGCCGCCCAAGAACGUCGACUGGGGAGAGAUCCGUGGCAAGAAGAGCAACUUCUGCAUCGACAGCAUGGGCCACAACAACGGCGGUCUCGUGGAGCUGGGGCCCUGCCACGGCCUCGGUGGCAACCAGCUGUUCCGCCUCAACGACAUGAACCAGCUGAUGCAGCACGACCAGUGCCUGACGCAGGGCGGCAAGGAGGGCACCGGCGUCACCAUCGUGCACUGCGACCGCACCGAGUUCAACGACUGGAGCUUCCGCAUGGGAGAGGGAAGAUUUGUCCACAGCCCCUCCGGGAGGUGCCUCGACCGCUCCGAGACGCUGCAGCAGGUGUUCCUGGCACUCUGCAACCCGACCAGCCUGAACCAGCGCUGGGAAAUCAACCACAUCAAGUUCUGAGAGCACUCGUGAGAGACGAACAAACAAGCCUGCAAAAAAAAGAGAUACAAGCGAGCCUCAUGACCGACCGAGGAGUUGUGGGCAAGUUGUGACAAGGCAACCGUGCGGAACGCCGGGCUGCACGACGGUGCAGCGGUCGGCUGUACGUCCGAACCGUCACGCACACCGUCACCGCUCCCAGGUGCUGCGACGUCAACGGUGUUCAGGAAUUGGAAUUCCUGAAGUGAGCAAACGAGCCUCUUUUUUUAUAUAUAAAACAAAAAUAUUUUGCCCGAUGGAAAAUGUCACGGAGCUGUUGCACACGGACGCACGAACUCUUACUUAUGAAGUCGACAAUCUCCACGUCUGCGUCAAGACGAAAGGACGUGUUGCGACCGUGCGAGAUGGAAUUGACCGUAAAAUACAAUCACCAUUGCACAUGUACACGUACAGCCCUUCAUCGAUCCACUGCUGCAUGAUGGCCUCCCCAUGCCAUGUGGGUUAUUUGACGACACAUGGUACCUACCGACUGCAGGGAUGCAUUUUACCGAGGAUUGUACGUGGUGUCCAAUCAAGCUCGCGGAUUUUGUGCAGUGUUAAGAACUUCAAUAAUGCCACACACACCAUACCUGAGGAAGACAAUGCAUGGUGCAGUAUUCACUUGAGCAGGAAGAUAAAAAAAUUUGGUUUCAUUUCAGCUUCAUUUUCUAGGAUCACCAGGGGAAGUCACUAUGAAUUAACACAAAUAUGCAAGCUAUGCAUCAUCAUUGUACACAUUUGGAGAAGACAAUAAUAUAUAAAAUGUAAUACCAAAAAAUAGGGUUUUUUAUAUUCAGUUGCAAAUUCGACCGGUGUGAAGAUAGUUUUAGAAUUAUAACUUUAGUAAGAUGGACCUUCCAAUUCAUGACAUGGAAACUGCAAACAUGUAUAAGCAUAUCACGAAUUGCGAAAUACAAUAUAUUAUAAUCACCUCACAAGAUCAGAUUUUCAGUAAGGAAAACCCGAGUGGCAUUUGUUUGGAAGUGCCUGCAAAAUGUUUCCAGCCUCGCAAAGACAAACGGGAUGCGUACAAAGUUCAAACUGGUCACGGUGGCCACAGUGUUGCUUUAAUCAACUGCAAAUCAAGUGCGGGCAGCACAAUCUUGGCUGGAACAAAAAAAAAUCUGCAGUCCAAAUAACUAUGCUCAUCAAACAUGCGUGCAAAGCAGUACUUUGAACCAAUACUUUUCUUUUUCAAAACGUCAAAAGUUGUCGUUCACGAUAACGCCAAGUUUUUGAUCAGCACACGAGCUCGAAUUAUUUACAACUCUCCAGAAAGGUUCAAUGGAAACGUGCAACAACUCGACUAUAAUUUAUGUCACAUUGUAACGUAGGGCCAAUGUCGAGCACCUUUGCUCAUUAGGCAUGCAACGUCAACAGCUUCCCACAACUUAUUGUGAAGACACCGAUAACGGUUCAGAGUGAAUCGUGAGAAUGUGCCAAUUUCAUGGUACUGUUGUAUAUGCAAGAACGUGUUGCUAUUGUACUUGGGUUGUUAAAGAUUUCAAUAUUUUGCAGGACUUAAAAAAUGGUAGUGCCAGAUGAAAUUGUGUUAAUUAAAUUUCCUUCGUCUCCCAUCAGUAAAACCCAUGCAAAGAUUUGAUAACUUGCGGUUUUCAUUCUCGCAACUACAUGACCUGAAGUACUAUGUUAAGCUGCGCGUGCCUUCUAAAAAAAGGCACAUUAAGGUCAUGUUCCCCUCGAAGUUACAGCUCUCCAGGUUCUUUAAUGUUGGCAUACCAAAGCUUUACACAGCAUACCUAACCCAUCAACCCUUUUCUGCGUUUGGAGAAAUAACCAUGAUUUGCAUAAAAGCACACUGAACAUUGAGAGUUUGAAAUGUCUGUAUGUUGCAUCAUUUGUAAAGUAUUUUAUCAUUAAAAGUAAAUUUCCUUGAUGCUGUCCAAAUGAUCACAUUCAUGCUGCACCUUAAAUACCUAUCACCACCGUUACAACACCACCACAAGCAAAGAGGAUGGACAAUGUUGUAAAAAAAGACCAUUUUAUUGUUGCUUAAAAGUUACAGAAUUUUACCAAGUCCAACAGACAAGAUAAAUGGACAACUUUCAUCAGAAUAUAUGUGAAA